UUUCCCCCCCCGGUCCCCGGGCAGGUGCGGAGGCAGCCAAGGGCUUCCAGCUCCGCAGCCGCGGCGGGAGGGAGCGGCGGGGGCUCCGCCAAUCGCGGGCGCCGCUCGGGCCGCGCUGCAGCCGGCGCGGGGCCGGGAGGUUGCGGCGACCUCGCGGGAGGCUGCCCCGCCAUGGGCGCGGUGCCCUCGGCGCUCAAGCACUGCCUCAGCCACCAGCACCUCCUCCGGGAGCAGCUCUGCACCGCCGCGCCGCUCCCCCCGCAGGAAUCUCAAGUGUCUGGACUGCCUGAGUACAUAAAGAUCGUAGAAGUUGGGCCAAGGGACGGAUUACAAAAUGAAAAGGUGAUAGUCCCAACUGAUAUAAAAAUUGAGUUAAUCAACCGGCUGUCCAAAACAGGCCUGCCUGCAAUAGAAGUAACCAGUUUUGUUUCAUCCAAAUGGGUGCCUCAGAUGGCAGAUCAGAAAGAAGUAAUGAGGGGCAUUGAGCGACAUCCUGGAGUCCGAUAUCCUGUUCUCACUCCUAAUCUUCGAGGUUUUCAUUCUGCUAUUGCAGCAGGGGCUACAGAAGUCUCAGUAUUUGGUGCAGCAUCUGAAACUUUUAGCAAAAUGAAUAUUAAUUGUUCGAUUGAAGAAAGCAUAAAAAAAUUUGAAGAAGUUGCUACGGCUGCAAGGAAUAUGAAUAUUCCAGUGCGUGGGUAUGUGUCAUGUGCAUUGGGAUGCCCAUAUGAAGGAAACAUCGUACCAGCUAAAGUUGCAGAAGUAUCUAAGCGGCUGUACAGUAUGGGCUGUUAUGAAAUCUCUCUGGGGGACACAAUUGGUGUGGGGACUCCUGGAAGUAUGAAAAGAAUGUUGGAAGCUGUUAUGAAAGAAAUUCCUCUGAGUGCUCUUGCUGUUCACUGUCAUGACACAUAUGGCCAGGCAUUAGCCAAUAUCCUCACAGCCAUACAGAUGGGAGUUGCUGUAGUGGAUUCAUCGGUUGCAGGACUGGGUGGUUGUCCCUAUGCAAAAGGUGCUACUGGAAAUGUAGCCACAGAGGAUGUGAUAUACAUGCUUAAUGGACUGGGGAUCAAUACAGGAGUAGAUCUUUAUGCAGUCAUGGAAGCUGGAAACUUCAUCUGCACAGCAUUGAACAAGAAAACAAACUCAAAGGUUGCACAGGCUUCCUUCAAUACUGGAACUAUCAAUUAAACGGAUUUUCUUGGCAGCUUAAUUACAUUUGUCAUCUAUCUUGACAAAGGACAUUUAUAUUGUGAAAAUAAAUGUAAGAAAACCAUUUCAGCAAAGAACCAAAAUAGAACUCAUAUAUAAGUUAUUAUGGGAAGAGUUAUUGUACUGUACUGUCUUGUCAAGGAUUGCCUGAUUUGUAAGUAAGAAAUAAAUGUCUAUAGUGCUGAACCCUGUGUUUGGUACUUCUACAGAUGAGAAAAAUGUGAAAACACCAAGUUAUUUUAACAUAUUUGAAACUGAAUUUUGGGUCUUUUCAGUAAAACUGGAUAGAAGCAGCAAAAACAUAGUUAAAUUUUAAUCACGAUGACUUUUAGAACAGUACAAAUAUUUGCAGUAGUUUAUGAGAUCCAUCCACUGUGUGUGGCCAUUCUAUUAUGUGUUUUAUUUAUCUGAAUCUUUACUUUUCAUUUGUCAAGUCAGUUGUGUUAUGAACAUGAAGCCAAAUCUGAAUUCACCGUAAGAAUUUUUUAGCAAUAGCACUUUUUAGUUUUUGUUUUGUUUAACAUCUGUUAAGUAUAUGGAUGACUUUAUCUUGUUCCAAGACUUUGUGUUGAAUGGCAGUGUGCCAGAUCCUUCAAAUCUGAUGCAAAUUUACUUAUUUUUUACAUGUGUUAAAUUUGUUGUAGUUGCUUUUUUCCAUCAAUUGUAUUAAAAACUAAUUAUAUGAAGCAAUUAAAGAUUGACAAGGUUUUCAACCGUCAUUCAAGGUAGUGGUAGUGUAGAAGCAGCUAAAUUUUUGCCUAAGACCUCUUAGAACAAUUUGAUUUUUUAUUCUAUAGUCUAUAAAUUGGCAUUCUCACUUGUAAGUCAUGAAUAUUUGAGGAUAAUAAUGUUCUGCUGGACUAGAUUACAGGAAGGCAACCAACUUGCAAUUUUUAUUUGUGCUUUACUGAUACUGUACUUUUCAAUGUCUUAGUUCGACAAGAUGCCAGUGAAUUGCAUUGUCAUUUUUAGAUCAAUAACUGACAAAUUCAAGAAGAACCUUAUCCUAUCUAUAAACUGUUCAAAUGCACUAUGAAAAUAUUGUCAUUUUUUUCAGUCUGAAAGAUUAGUACCGUUAUCACUUGUUUGUAUUGAAUCCUUCUGUAAUUCUCUGUGUACUUAAUCUUGAUUUUUUUCUGAAAACAGACCAUUACCGUGAAAGUCCAAAACCCUGGAGUAUCAUCUUUUUUCAUAUUCUUCAUUUUCCUCCAGAAUAUGAAAGGUUGGGAAAAGACAAGAUGAAAGAUAGUGAAAGAUAACAUGUGAAGAAGGAAAAGGCUGAAUCAUUUUUGUCUGGAACUCAGCUCUGCCAAGUUCCAGCUGAGUCUCAACUUGCCUUUGAAAUUCUGAAGUGAACAUUUUCUGAGAUAUCUUAGCCAAUAUUGCAAUUUAUAAUCAGCACAGCUUAAGAAAGUCAAACUUUGCAUGCCAGGUAACUCAAACCUAUAAGUUUGAUAUAAAACCUCUGUGUUAUUUAUGCCAUAGUGAUAGUCUAAACUACUAUAAACUAUGUUGUUUCACCCCUCUCAUGGUAGGAGUCUAAGAAUAAGCAAAGAAAUAUCUUCAAGUGAGGCAAGAAAUAUCUUACCUAUCACUCCAAGGUAUAAAAUGUCACUCCUUCCCGUGGUAUUUAGUGAGAAGACUUUCAAGAACUCUUAAAGGCAUGAACAUUUUGGUUUGCUUGACCUGCUCUGGAUGCACAAUUGAUCACUACAGAAAAUGCUCUGGCCUCAUUAUCCCAUGUUUCAGCUGGGCUUUUGUUAUUUAGCAGCCACUAUGGCUCAUAUAUCAAAACAAGAAGUUUAAUCAAACCAGGUCUUGAACCAUUCACAGAUUUAAAGAUUCUGUAAUGUAUUAAAUCUAAUGAAGAAAUGAGGAAUCUGCGGCAGUACUUAGGCUGCACUUAGUCUAAUAACAAGUAGUUAAGCCUAAAAGAGGUGCCAGAACUAACAUCCUAAAGGCUCCCUAAUUCAGAUGCCAUAUACCCCUGAAGGGGACUAACCACACUGUAAUACUUCCCCAUUUAGCAAUAAAAUUGCAUUUCCAUCCGUUUCCAUUUUGAGCUAAAGUGUGCAGUUCUCAUGUAGGGCCUGGUGUGCAUUCCUCCAUCCAAGAUCCUGUGACCGUGUUUCACUGACAUGAGCCAGACUGAACUUCUGGCAGAAUGAAAGUGGAGUCACUCCUUGGAAAGAAAGUAGUUCUGAUGCAAACCACGUUUUAAAGACUAGGCUGAAUGUUGGACUAAGCAAUUGAUCUGAGAUUCACUUGCAAUUUAGCCUGAGGAGAUUCAAAUGCACUUUGUUUUGGCAUUCUAAUCAAUGGAUCUAAAACUGCAGAAAUGAAAAAGAAUGCAAUUUGUAGUAAAUCUAGAUGAAAUUGUGCCACUGUGUAGGAUGGAAUUCAAAAUUCCUGAGACAAGAAGGAUCACAAGAAAAAAAAAAAAGUCUCUGCAACAGGUAAGGGUUCUUUUUUAAUUUGAGGAUGGUGGUGAGGGCUUCAACUAUAGGCCAAGUUAAGAACUGAACUGAUGCAAUCCCCUUUUUUGUUUUGUAAGUAUGCUAACUACAGCAUCUUAGAUAAAAGUGAGUGGUUUCACUGCUAACACAACUUUUGCAUUAAAUAAAAUACCUAUGGAGAACAGAGACUAUAGAAUAAAAGAGCUAGAUCUGCUCAGGUCUUUGAGAUUUCUAGAUAUCUAUAUUCCUACUACCAUGAAGGACCGCUAACUUUGGCACUAGGAGACCCUUACGCUUGAAGUUUUCAGAUAUGCCUUUGUGUGUAGCGCAUCCUAUGCUUCUCAGCAUCAGGGCUGUCCAAUUUGCAAUUCUGAGGCUAUCACUGUGCACUGAAACAGGAGAUUCUGAUCACAGAGAUGAACAAUGCCUUUUUCUUUAUUUGGUCUAUUUUAGAAACUACUCGCAGAAAGCCUUAGAUAUGGGUCCGUUAUUCUGUAUUGAUAUGUACACUGGGAAAGAUGAGCAGUCACAUCUGGAGCCCAUGCUUUACCCACAUAGUGAGUUAUGGUAAACCAGGGUGGAGGUCACAGACAAAUAGUUUGUCAGGAUUGUUACAAAGGAGGAAGAAAUACAGAGACGUAUUAAAAAAAAUAAAAAAAACCCAAUGUUUAUGUGCCAAAGUGCCACCUGGGAUGACUUUAGGCCCGUGGGUCCAGGUGAGCAGUCUCCAUAAAAUCCUUCUUUACUUGUAUGUGGCUGAAAAUCCUGAGACAUCUCAUGUUCUUGCCUCUAAAAUUUCUUAGCCAUGUAAAGUGCUGCUGCUCUGCUUUCAUGGUCUGGCAUCAUUUUGACUGUGCAGCACAUUUUAACACCUGAUCUUUGGCUUCACAUAAUAGGCAUAUACUGCCCUUAAGAUCAAGGUCUAAGCCAGUAGUUAUGUGAUGAGCAUGCAUCACUGAAAUAGGCAGCUUUGAGUUCAGCACAUAAUAAAACAGUUGAGAUUGCUUCCCUUCAAAAACAUGGCAAGAACUGUAAGUGAUAUGAUUGUGCUUCUGCUCUCCAGCAAUUCUGAACUUGUAAAUCUUUACGCGUAUAUUGAGGGACCCACUGCUUGACGUACCUGCUCUUUCAGUCCCUAUCAGUGUCUCCCACUAAGUAUGUUCUCACUUCACCAUCUGAAUUAACCAUCUGGCUGCACAAACUUACAUCCAAGUGUUUGGCUUACAUAAGCAAGUAUUCCUAUUACUAUGCCAUUGUAAAAAUUGUGUGUAUAUAUACAUAUAUAUAUUUAUUUAUUAAAAUGUAUCAAGAAAAAGCAAGAGAGUGCUGAGUAUCAGGAGCCCAGCAAAGACUGUUGGAAUCUGGGCACGUUUUAUGUCCUUAUCUGUUUUUCUGAUGGUCCUCUGUAAAUUCUGAAAAGGGGGCAGCAUAAACUCUAAGAGGCCGCAGAAGGAGUGAAGGAGUAUUUAUUGACUGUCUUCUCUGAGUCUUAUCAGAGAUAAAUUAGAUAUACAGAGAUAUUUAAUUCUAUGCUUUGGAGAAAUUCUUCUGUAGCUCACUUUCUCAAUGUCACUGCGAAGAUCUCGGAGAACAACAUGGAGAUCGUCUUACUUGUGCCAGAGCCAUGGAUUGUGGAAAUUGGAGUUCCCACUGCAGUCUUUGGUCUGUACCUUGGUCCAAACCUGUGAAGGUUCAACAGUUGGCCAAUUCUGUACUGCUGGAAUUUUCUUUAAUGCUUUCACAGCAGUUUUUCCUAUGUCGGCAACAGCUAGAAAAUCAGGUACUGGCUUUUUUAACUGGUCAAGAUAUUAUAUUGUUCUAAAGGCAUAGUUGGCGUGCUUUUUUUGAGAAGUUGAUCAGUUCCAUUAGUAGUGGGCAUAAGUGUUCUUCAGUGCCUUUCGCAAGACAGCAAUGACAUGGAUCCCGUACUUGGAUUAUGCUAAUGUCUUCCAGCAGCAGCUUGCUUUGUAGUUUAAACUUUUAUGUAUUAGGGCAACUUGGCUCUGGACCAGCACUUUAAUGUUUCAUUUUCAUGUAUAACCAGAGUUUAUGGAAAUAAGAAGUGAAUAUUCUGGUCUUGUGAAUAAGUCCAGAGAGGCUUUGGCUAAUUUUCCUUUCUUAAUAGCGUCAUUUGAGUUCAUAAAACUUUUAUUAUUGUAAUAAGGAGUCGCAAAAUGAAGACUGCGAGUCUGCGAGGAAAAAUUCCUAUGCUUGGGAUCCGUGCUGUUGAAAUGAAAUAAUACUUGUCCAAAGAGUUAGUGUAAAUGUAUAAGAUCUGCCUAUUUUUUUCACAGAGUUCUUUUUAAGGAGUAGAAAUAUUGUUUAGUUACUGUGAUACCUGAAAAUGAGUUUUGUCUGCCACUGAAUUUUUGUGUGAUUUCUCAGAUUGCCUUAUGUUCUCUUUGUUGAUUGUGAAAUGUCUAGCGAACUGACUAAACAGAGGAAUCAGUCUGGAGAAGUGAACGAAUGACAUUUGCUUUCCGGUUCUUGACUUGCUGAUCAAUGCCUUUCUUAUGUUAUGUUGUAUUUUUUAAGAUUAUUUUUCUCUAUGGUUCUGCUCUAACACAGUGUUGAUUUUCAUUGCUGCAAUAACACAGCAGGCAGAAGGACUACAGCCAAAGUCAACUUAGUCCAUUAAAACCAAUGUCAAAGAGAUGAUAUGUUUGUUAAGGAAUUGUCAUGUACCCUCUUGGUUAAAUGCAUUUGUGAUUUUGCAAUAUGUGGUGUUAAAGCUGAAA